AUCUGUAAAUCACAUCUGUGUCCUUGUGGUUGUUUGUUCGUAAUCAUCUGCAACUCGUGUUUUUUUCAGAAGUUUUACGAGCUGCUGACUCACAGAUGUUGCUUGAUUCACUGAAAACUACGUCAUGUAAUGGUACGUUUCUCGUAUAUGCGGAUGAAGUAUCUCUUCAUCUCUUGGUUAGUGGUGUUUAUUGGCAGCUGGGUUAUGUAUGUCCAGUACUCUACCUACACAGAACUAUGCAGAGGACAUGACUGUAGGAAAAUAAUAUGUGAUAAAUAUAAGACGGGAGUUAUUGAUGGAUCAGCAUGUAGUAGUCUUUGUGCAAAAGAGACAUUGUAUUUUGGAAAAUGUUUGUCAACAAAGCCCAGUAACCAGAUGUAUUUAGGAAUUUGGGGAAAUCUGCAAGGGGUUAUAAAAUGCCAGAUGGAAGAAGCUGCUCAGCUUGAUUUUGGUACUGAUCCACAACCAAGGAAAGAAAUAAUCCUAUUUGAUAAACCAACAAGAGGAACCACUGUAGAGAAAUUCAAGGAAAUGGUAUAUGGUUUUUUUAAAGCAAAGUUGGGUGAACAAGGAAGUCUUUCAGAACUGGUUAACAUCAUUCUAUCUUUUGCCGAUGGAAACAAAGACGGUAGAGUUUCUUUGCCUGAGGCAAAGUCUGCAUGGGCACUUCUGCAGCUAGAUGAGUUUCUGUUAAUGGUGAUGUUGCAGGAUAAAGAGCAUACUCCCAAGCUGAUGGGUUUUUGUGGGAAUCUCUAUGUGAUCGAAAGAGUUGAAUAUACCUCUCUCUAUGGAAUCAGCCUUCCAUGGAUCAUAGAACUUCUAAUUCCUUCUGGAUUCAGGAGAAGCAUGGACCAGUGGUUUACUCCAUCAUGGCCAAGGAAGGCAAAAAUAGCUAUUGGACUUUUAGAAUUUGUGGAAGAUAUUUUUCAUGGACCUUACGGUAACUUUCUUAUGUGUGAUACAAAUGCCAGAAACUUGGGAUAUAAUGAUAAAUAUGAUUUGAAAAUGAUGGACAUGAGAAAAAUUGUGCCAGAAAUGAAUUUAAAGGAAAUGAUUAAAGAUCGUCCGUGCGAAUCAGAUAUGGACUGUGUUUAUGGUACAGACUGUAGAACUCUAUGUGACCAAAGUAAAAUGCGGUGCACCACAGAGGUUAUUCAGCCAAACUUGGCAAAAGUGUGUCAGCUACUUAAAGACUAUCUGCUUCGUGGUGCUCCUUCAGAUAUCCACGAAGAACUAGAAAAACAACUGUAUUUGUGUAUUGCCCUUAAAGUCUCAGCAAACCAGGUGGAAAUGGAACAUUCUUUAAUACUCAAUAACUUAAAAACAUUAUUAUGGAAGAAAAUUUCCCACACAACUGAUUCUUAGUUUCUCCACCAGCAGAAGAUACUGUCUGCCACUCGAGGCAGCCUACCAUGUUUGAUAAAAAAUGAUUUGCAGCAUUUUGUAAAGAUGUAUACUCAGAUUUCAUGAAUGGCUCUUCAACUCUUCCCUUCAGUCAGCUCCUUAGUAUAGGGCUUCUGAAAGGAUGAACUUAACACCGAGUGAUCUGGCAGACACCAAAAGCACUUGUGGUGUUCCAGUGCACUGUUUGGAAACAAAAACAAUCCUGCAUGCUUGGCUGUUCUGUGCACUUUGUUGGAGCUUGAACAGGAUGACAGUGUUCACUGUGCCAUCACAUCAAGUAAUGCAGCAUCUUAAAAUUCUGUGAAAACUGUUGCUCACUUGUGAAAUACCUGCAAAAGAUUUUUAUGCCCAGUAGUUUUAUGAGAAACCACCACUAUUGCAAAUAUGAUGGCUGAGUCCAAGUUGCUGUUAUGAAUAAAAUGAACUGAGAUUGUUGUUUACUAAUACCUUGGCAUGGCAGAAUUUGCACAUUAAUAAUUUUUAAACUGUUGAAAAAUUAAAAUUUUAUUCUGGAAAUGCUAGGUUGUAAUAUGAGAUUUAAAUUGAAUUGUUUACACCUUGUUACCUCAUACUUUCAUCUUGAAUGUUUUAGUUCAACACUUUAAAAGUCCUAAUACAGUACACCAUGUUAGGAGCCAGGAUUUUUAGAAUGUUACUACUUAGAACAUAUAUGUAUUUUACAUUUUCAGAAACACAUUGCUGCAAAAUUAUUUUUGAAGUACUGACAGCAGAAUCAUCCUAAGUUUUAAAAACAAACAACACCAAAAAACCCUCCGUAGUCGGAUGCUGGUUUUUGACAAGUGAAAGAAGUAACAGUUGUGGAUGAAGUCUUAUCACUGCCCACAGAAAUAUAGCUAUAUGCUUGUACUUAAAUCCUCCUGAAUUAUUGCAGAAAUUAUGCAAGUCAGAGCUAGACCAUAACUGCCAAACGAGGUGGCUUGCUCAGGACUCCAGAAUAUUGCUUAAAUGGGAAUCCUGUGGCUAGUAACAGCUAGGGACAAGGUGGAAUAACAGUACGUUGUAGUAUGUUAGUGUUCUGCUGUUUGUUUUUUUCCUGGUAAUAUCUGAGCUGUAACUCUCAAUUCUUAAACACUUUGAUCCAGGCAGUGUACAGGGCGUGACCACUGCACCACCUUCAAUCGUUAACCCUACUGUUCUUCAGAUUUUCAGCUUGUAGAGAGAACGAGAGAUGCAUAAAACACCUUAAUGUUGUGCUUGCUGCAUAUGUUUAAUUUGUAAGUGUUUUAGGUAUGAAGCAGCUAAAAGACUUAGUGAUUUUAAUGGCAGUUGUCCUUAUCCCUUCAGAUAAGAUAGCUGGCCCCUUUAAUCAGUUACAGCAUAGUAAAAGUGAGCUUUAUUUCAUUAUUUUAAAAAAGGUGUAGUUGCUUGAAGGGUUCUAUACUAAAUGCAUUCCUUGACUAACAUCAGGGAAUUUCUCCACACCAUAUGUAAUAAUGUGUGGCUUGGGUUAAGUGUGUGCUGUUUGUAAUCAGCUUUUUAGUUGAAAAAUUACUUACUGUUAACUAUUAUCUAAUUUAGUAUUUAUAACUAACAAUGCACUGAAAUCUAAAGCAGGAUAUUCUUGGUGGAAACACGACUAAUUGCUACAAGUUAUGGGGCAAAAAAACCAAAAACUGAACUCAAAGUACUGGUGGGCAUUAUGAACAGCUUCUUGGAAAAACUGGAAAACAUGUAAUAGUGCAGUUUACUAUAUAGAACCUUAAUUUUUAUUGCUGUUGCACCAAGCUGGAGCUUUCAUUGAGAACAAAUAUAUAUAUAUACUUUUGUUUACAAUUAAUAACAGGCUUCCUAUUUUUUUUCCCAAUAGCUAUACUUCCCAUUUAUCAGCAUCACAAAGCCAAGAGUACAUCAGCGUAUCCUACUUGGUGAAAGCAUGCAAGCAAUUUCAGUAUCUGUUUCACAGACAGCUGUAGAAUAAGGCAAGCUACAACCUCUAAUUAAGCAAAUAUAUUCAACUUCAGAGUAAGUUCUCUUGUCUAAUCUCUAAACAAUAGAAAAUAUUUCAUCUUAAGAUAGUACCUGCUUAAUUAGCAGCCAGACCCUUUAAGUACUUAUUUCACUUUGUGGAGGAAUGUUCAGUAUGUCAAUGUGUACUGCUGUCAGCUAUACUCAUUUUCAGCCUGGGAAGCACUACUAUUCAUGUUCCUCAAAGCUUAAGGCUAUCUACAAUGGAGGUUUGUUUUCCUUAAGGUACAUACACAUCUCUGAUAGCAUUACGUACACUGAAAUUGUACAGAAUUGUCAAGUGCCUGUAAAGGUUAUUUAUUUUUAAUUUAAGUCAUCCUCUAGUUAAAAGGAACAAAUUCCACCUAGUCACACUAUAAUUUAAUCAAAAUUAUUUCCCCUUGCUAUGGAAAUAAUUCUACGGUGGUAGCUUUGUCUUUAUUACUUACCUUUAUUGAAUGAGUUCAUAUUUAAAAAAAAAA